AUGGCCCGCUUCGAUGAAGUUAACGAGUUAUAUAAAGAAGUUGAUACAAAUCGAGAUGGACGUAUUGAUAAAAAUGAACUUCGUAAUUGGAUUUCAACGCCAGAAGGAUUCACUCCUUCAUCAUAUGAAUCUACAAUAACAUCUAGAGAUUUGAUUAAUGAUUCCGUGAUUCGCACUAGCAGUUCAGAAGAAACAAAUCGAUAUCUGGCUAGAUCAAUGAAUCAUAUUUUUAAGGAUAUUAAUCCAAAAAUUAUUAGACGGGCAGAAACUGAACGUCCAGUAACAUGCGAACAACGAGUUAUUGUUCGAUAUCUUCAACCACCACCACUACCACCAGGAGAACCACUUAUUAUUAAAGAGGUGCGCCCAGAACAACCCCCACCACCUCCACCACUGAUCAUACAUGAACAGCCAACAAAAACUUUUCAAGAGCCUCCACUUAUCUUACGUGAACGACCACCGCCAGUGGUACGUGGUUGUUCUAGUGAAACAACUAUUCGUUAUCUACCUGCUAUACCUGUUCCACCAAGAUCAGUUGUUGUCGAACGUUUUCCACCUCCUCCGGAAAAAAAAGGCGAUAUUAUAAUCGAACGAUGGCUUCCCUAUGGACCACCACCUGAGCGUCCUACAAUAGUUCAACGCCCUCAUCCUAUUAAAGAAUAUCCAGCACCAUCUAUUACUAUUCAUGCUUAUGAUAACGUUCAAAUGCGUAUAGUCCGAAAAGUUGAACAACUUGGUGUUACCCAAGAAGAUCCUGAAGCUUAUACCGCUCGUUAUGGUAGAUCUCUUUUGGAUUCAACAACACUUGUGCAUGAGGCUCGUAAUGCAGGUGUUGUUGAAGAUAUAUCAGCUCCGUCAUCGUCGUCUUUAAUAGUUACACAUAAGCGCGGAAAUAUUGUUGAUUUUGAUCAGCCAACUGGAACUAGUUAUGAAGGAACUCAACGAGUUGUCAAUACAGAACGUACUGUGCAUGGUAAUAGAAGUUAUUCACCCACAAGAUCGCGCGUCAUUACUCAAAGUGCUUCAGCUGGCAGUACUUCUGGAAUCUACGGCGGAUUUCGUGGCGAUGAUGCAGUUGAUCAUUACUAA